AACCGAAUCAUUUUGCGAUGCAGCUUAAAGAAUGAAUAAACGACACCUGACGAACGACUACACACCUCACAUCACGAUGUACGCUUAUGGUUCCAUAAUUAGACUACUGAGUCUUUUUUCAACAUUCUCAGUUUUAUCAUCUCUGAAAAUCAUAAAACCAACCAAUUUCCAAGUUAUCAAAAUAUCUGAAAAUACGGAACCUGGUAUCAUCUUAAGUGCUGUCGUAGAAAAUCCAACUUAUGACCAGUUGAAUUUUCAGCUUCAACAAUACGGCUCCAACUUCUAUUUAGACGGCAAAAAUUUGAUGACCGCUCGAAAGUUUGAUUAUGAGGUCAGCGGGGACAGAAUGCAUGAUUUAACUUUGCAAGUGAGUGACAGUUAUUCUACAGUAGAGCGCAGUUUCCAAAUACAAGUGACGGAUAUAAACGAUAACAAACCGGUGUUUUCUGGUUCGUUUCACGGUUAUGUGAAAGAAGAGCAGCCCGUGGGUGAAAGAGUUAUUUUCAAAUCUCUUACAGUUGUAGAUGACGAUGCCAAUGAUGAGCUGAGAUACUCUCUAUCAGGUGUUGACAGUAAUAAAUUUUCCAUGAGUAAAAGCGUCAUUGAUAUCCGAACUUCUGCGAAAUUCGAUCGAGAUACUGGUAAAAAACACUACGAUAAGCUGUUAUUGACUGUAAAAGAUUUGGCUAACCACACGGACAGCAACCGGUUAAAUAUCACCAUCAUUGACGUCAAUGAUAAUUCUCCGAAAUGUACUCCGGAUAUUUACACGGUAUACAUCAACGAAGACGUGCCUAUAGGAAGUGACGUCAUUUCGAUAAAAUGUCGGGACAUGGAUGAAGGUAGGAACGGAUAUAUCUCUAUGCGCUUUCAAAGUACUGCUUCUUCGGACAAAUUUGAAAUUAGACCAGACGGAAGAAUUAAAAUAAAGAGUACCCUGGAUUAUGAAUCUCUGGAGAAUUUUAAUUCCUUCCUCAAAUUAACAGUUUUUGUUAAAGACAACCCACCAGAUUCAAAGGAUUCAUUGACAUCGACAGUAGCAGUCAACAUUAAGGUUCUCCCCGUUAAUGAAUACAGUCCUACCUGGGUGGAAUUUUUACCUGCAUCGCUUAACAACGUAUAUUAUGUUAGUGAAAAUGCAGUCAUUGGCACCGUGAUCCUUACAGUGAAGGCAGAAGAUCGAGACAGAGGACCGGACUGUUUUAUCAUUUAUCGCCUCGUGAGCAACAGCGAGAGUUCAGCCAAGUUUAGAUUGGACGGUAUUACAGGUGAACUAUCAACAAAAUCUUUCUUGGAUCGAGAUGUCAAGAGCGGUGGUCGACAUUCCUACAAGUUACAAGUGGAGGCCGUAGACAACGGAGGUCAAACAUCGGAAUUGGAUGGAUUAAGGCCUGAUCCUAGUCUUUAUUCCCUCAAAGUAAUUGUGAAAGACGGUGAUACAAAUGAAAAAACAGGAAGCUGUCAAGUGUUAAUCUCUGUGGAAUCUGCCAAUGAUAAUGCCCCAGCAUUUGAAAAGACAAAGACUAUCAAGAUUCCUGAAGAUCAUCCGGUAGGAGAUUCAGUCAUUAUCUUAACAGCUAAGGACUUGGAUUCUGGUAAAGAUGGUGAAAUCAUUUACUCGAUAAUAGGAGGGGAUCCUACGAAAACCUUCUCCAUUAAUAGCAACACAGGAGAGAUUCAUCUUGUUAAACAAUUAGAUUUUGAGACUAUGUCGGAUCCCGUGUUUUACUUGAACGUUAUUGCGCAGGACAGAGGAACUCCAAUGAAAUCGAGCAACACCAUACAACAGAUAGACAUUGGAAAUGUGAACGACAAUCUACCUAUAUGCUCGUCAACGUUCAUUAAAGAAUACAUCAACGAUAAUGCAACAGCUGGCUAUAAGAUCAACCGGCUGAAAUGUACAGAUAAAGAUAAAAUAACAGCUCUGAUAUGUUUUAUUAAUGGUAAAAACAAAGAUCUGUUUUCUAUGAACGCUGACGGAGAUUUGUUAUUGAAGAGAGCUGUUGGUCAUGAUAUAGUCAUAUUGCAUUGUUUCGAUGCCGACUCAGAUCUCUAUAACCGCAUCAAGUAUCGUCUUCAUACCACUACCCCAAUGAUCCCAUUCCGGGUUUCUUCCGCGGGAAUCGUUCAGUUAUCAGGUUCACUGGAUUACGAUAUGGAACGUUCCUACGUAUUUCAAGUCCUUGUCAGUGACAAUGGUUUGAAGCAGACAACUGUUGUUUUAAACAUACAAAUUACUGAAAACGAAGCCAAUUCGCCGAUAUUUGUAAGCAAUUUCAGUACAUCUAUCAUGGAAGAUGCACCGAUAGGGUAUUUCGUCAUUGAUAUCACAGCUACAAAUAAACAGCAUCAAACUAUUAAAGCUGGGAAACUAAUUUACUCAAUUCCUUCAGGAAACGAUGCCAAAUUAUUCAGAAUCAACUCACAUACUGGAUGCAUAACAUUAGAUGGAAACUUGGAUAGAGAGAAGCAAGCUUCAUACGUGUUGCUGAUCAAAGCAGUCGAAAAGAGCAAGACACAGAACAGUGCAAUGGCCACCCUAACUAUAGUCGUUGCAGAUGUCAACGACAAUGCUCCUUCAUGUCAACCACCGGCAUUUAGCUUAACUUUGGUCGAAGACCAAAAGCUCAACACCCCUCUUCAAACAUUUUUUUGUGAGGACCUCGAUGCGAAGGGUAACCUUAGUUUGACUUAUUCAGUAACAUCGAGUGAGCCAAAUGUUUUCGAUAUGAAACGACAAUUUCUAGUACUGAAAUCCGGUUUUGAUUUGGCCAAAAAUCCACACGGAUACCAUUUGUACGUUACGGUGAGCGAUUCUGUGCACGAAGUGGAGAUAACAGGAUACGUUAAAGUGACGGCCGUUAACAAAUUCUCGCCUGUUUUCUCACAGGAUCAUUACACUGUACGAUUCCAUGAAGGGACCAGCAUUGGGCAUCAACUAACCAAAAUCAGCGCAACGGAUAGGGACCAUCCAAAUAUAGGGAACGAUAUAAUCAAAUACUCCAUUGUGAAAUCAGGGGAUAACUUACCUUUUCACAUUGACAAACAGUCGGGUAUUAUUUUUGUGGAUUCAGUCUUGGAUAGAGAAAACAUUGAGAAACACAAUUUUCAAGUGGAAGCUGUAGACGAGUCUCUUAGGAUAGUUUGUAAUAUAACAGUAAUUGUGACAGAUAUUAACGACAAUCCGCCAUAUUUUAAACCAGCAUCAUACAGUGCCACAGUUUCCGAAGUUGAUUCUUUGGGUACCAAAGUCGUAGAUGUACGUGCUUAUGACAACGACACCGGAUCGAAUGCUGUCAUAACCUAUUCAAUUGUAGAUGGUAACAGUGCUGGUAAAUUUUCCAUUGACGCAACAUCAGGACGGAUAACCAUCACAAAUUCUCUAGACUAUGAGACAACGGAAAUUAACAGUUAUAUACUCACAACAGAAGCUACGGACUUGUUCGGUGGAGAUGGUGCUUUGUCUAGCACCGCUGUAGUUAUUGUUCAAAUUAGACCCGUGAACGAAUUUCCACCCGUCUUUCAAAACCAGGCGUACUCUGUGGUUGUACAAGAAACGGUAACUAUUGGAAGCAUUUUACUUCAAGUAUCAGCAACUGAUGAAGAUAAAGGUGAUGAUGGACAGCUUACUUAUACCAUGCCCAGCCACCGGUUGUUUAGUUUAGAAAGCACAACAGGACAACUAAAAUUGAAACAUUCUUUAGAUUUUGAGAAAACUCCACAGUUUAUUUUGAAUGUUACAGCAAUUGACAAAGGAACGGUAGCAAAAUCUGCAACAACAAAAGUGGUUAUUAACGUGGAAAAUGUAAAUGAAGAAGGACCGAAGUGUUCGGAAAAUUUUAUAUCUGUAAGUGUUCCGGAAAGCCAGCAGAUUGGUUCAUCGUUUGUUUCUCUGUCUUGUAAUGAUAGCGACUCAGGUAGGUUUGGCGAGAUUUCUUUCUCCAUCAUGAGUGUCAAUGGCGUUCUGAAUAACGGACCGUUUGCUGUUGAUAACAGCGGAAAUUUGAAAUUAAUUACUUCCCUAGAUUUUGAGAAAUCUGAAAAAAUACUCAUAUAUAUAGCAGUUCAAGAUGGCGGAAUCCCACCCAAAGAUACACUAAUCAUAAUCAGUGUACAGAUAAUCGACAUCAAUGAAGCUGCACCGGUUUUCGAGGAUUUUAACACGACUAUAAUAAUACCUGAGUCGGUACCCAUUGGUACGGUUAUUAGCAGGAUUUCUGCCAGUGAUGCGGACAUUAAAGAUUGCAUUACUUAUCACUUAACACAAACGAGCGAGAAAUUUCAACUUGAUUCGAUUACUGGCGAUUUGGAAGUAAAAUCAAAUCUAGACUUUGAAACCAAGAAUAUUUAUUUACUUCCAUUAAAAGCUGUAGACAGUGGUCAGAACCCCAAGCCUCGUACAUCAGAAAUUACUCUAACAGUGAUACUCACGGAUAUUAAUGAUUCGCCACCGGUGUUUUCUCAAAAUCUCUACUCUAAAACUAUCAGAGAAGAUACCGCCAUUGACAGUGUUUUAGUCACUUUAACAGUUUCCGACAACGAUUCAAGUGAAAAUGCUAUAGCAAAUUUUACUGUGAUCGGUGACACAAAUAACUUUUUCCGUGCUUCCAGAGACAGCUCAGGCAACUGCAACAUAAUACUGACGUCGUUGGAGGGAGUUAACUACGAACUAAAUACGUCACGAGUGUUCAAAGUGAAAGCCACAGAUUCUGGAGGUCUGUCGUCUGAGACAACUGUAAUAUUUCAAAUUCAGCCAUUAAAUGAAUAUGCUCCGGUUUUUCUCAAUGGCGCCCGGACGUUAACUGUUGACGAAAAUUGCACUGCUGGCAGCCAGUUAACUGUUGUUAAUGCCACAGAUCUAGAUGGAGGCAAAGAUGGUCAAAUACAUUACAGAUUGGUAAAAGGGUUUGCGAAAUUCACCAUUGCUAGCAAGUCUGGAGAAAUAAUUAUUCAGAACGAACUGGAUAGAGAAGAGAGAGAAUUUUAUCAACUGGAAGUUAUCGCUGUUGAUGGAGGUGAAGAUCCGUCGGCUUUUAGUGCAACGCUGACCUUAAGCAUUCAUAUCAAUGACGUGAAUGAUAACAGGCCUUCGUGUCAGCAGGAACAUUAUUUCGUUCAAAUUCGAGAAGAUGAACCAGUAGGAACGGAAGUGCUUCAUUUAGUGUGCUCUGAUAAUGAUAAAGACCCAGCUAAGAAGAACAAUGUCUUAACGUAUGCGAUUACCAGCGGAAACGAAAGAAGGGCGUUUUCAAUGAAUUCCAGUAGCGGUUUGCUGAGCACUUUUACCUCCCUUGAUCGAGAAUCCGUGUCGUCUUAUGAACUGUUCAUUCAAGUGUCUGACAAGGGUUCGUCACCAUUGUCAGUAGAUUUGGUUUUACAAAUUAGAAUCGAAGAUGUUAAUGACAAUUUACCUGUAUUUUCGCCACCGAAUUACUCCUUAUUCAUCUUUGAGAACACAAGUGUUAAUAGCUUCCUUCUUAAUCUGACAGCUACAGACAAAGACACAGGAGCGGCAGGUUCCAUUUUCUAUAGUAUAUUAUCCGGAAAUAUUAAAAACCAAUUCAUGCUUGAUUCUGUGAGCGGCGAAAUGCGACUCCUGACAGGUUUGGACCGAGAAGAUAUCUCAUCAUACGACUUAUUAAUACAAGCCUCCGAUAAAGGUUUCCCGCCUUUGAAGACUUUCUGUCACGUGACCUUGACUGUCCUUGAUAUCAACGACAAUGCACCCAUUUGUACUUCCUCGUAUAUUAAAGUAAUUUUGGCCGAAAACAAGCCUCUGGCUUCUGUUGUUACCAAUGUUGAAUGCAACGACGAGGACAGUGGAUCGAAUGCUGUUGUUUCUUACAAGAUCAUCUCUGGCAACCACGAAAGCUCAUUUGCCAUCGAUGGCCAAACGGGGAUGAUAACAGUGAAAAAGAAUUUAGAUGCCGAAAGAAAUCAAUCUCUUUUACUCGAAAUUGAAGCUUCCGAUGGGUUUCAUAAAUCGGAAGUCAGAGUAGACAUUUCUAUAUCGGAUAUCAAUGAGACUCCACCACAGUUCCAGCCACCGGGCCCUUACAAGGUAUCGAUAUCAGAAGACAGUGCAAUAGGAUCAACAGUUUACCAAGUGACCGCUAUAGACGAGGAUGUGACAUCGACUUCCGUCUUAUAUUCCCUGUUGACAACCCAAAAUUCAGUGUUCAUCAUCGACCCUAAGACUGGUAUUAUACAACUAAACAGCCGACUUGACUGCGACACAAAAUCUCUGUACAUACUUCAGGUGGAAGCCAGCGAUAAUAGUCCACGUCAACCGCUCUCUCAAACAGUUAAUGUCAACGUGGUCGUUACCGAUGUGAAUGACAACUAUCCCCAAUGUUUCCCUCCAUAUUUGUUUUCACUCCUGGAAACUUCACCGUUUCCGUUGGAUGUAAGUCAACUUAACUGCCAAGAUAAAGAUCCUUCGUCACCGGAACUAUCUUACAGAAUAGAAAAUGCAAACGAGGCAAAAAUGUUCCACAUUGAUGAAAGAACAGGGUUAGUGCAGCUUAUAAAAGCUCUUGACUACGAAACAGCCAAAAUACAUACAUUGAGCAUCAACGUCAGCGAUAAUGGCGUACCCAGGCUUUUGACUAAAGUCUUGAUAACAAUAGAAGUCCGUCCUGUUAACGACAACGCUCCGACUUUCUCACCGUUUUUCGUGCGAAGGGUAAGUGUCGAGGAAAACGUGCCUCUUGGAAUUAGUUUGCUGAAAGUUAACGUUAAAGACGCUGAUGUUGGAGAGGAUCACGGUCUUGUGAGCCUGUCGAUCGAAGCAGGAGAUCAGAACGGAAAUUUCUAUAUUGAUUCUAAAUCAGGCUCGCUGUCUCUGAUCAGGUAUUUAGACCGGGAGACGAAAGCCAUAUUCAACUUGACAAUUAUUGCCAGAGACUGUAUUCAUGACAUUGGAGUUCCAAUGACGGCAACAACCACUUUGAUCGUUUCUGUUAUGGAUGUUAAUGAUAAUUAUCCGCAAUUUAGCCAAAACAGUUUCCUUUUGAAAGUAAAUGAAAAUGCCAAACCCGGCAGUAAACUUCUGACGUUUCAUGUACGAGAUGAAGAUACAGGCUUAAGAGGGAGAACUACUCUGGCUAUCGUAGAAGGUAAUGAGAAAAAUAUAUUUUCUAUAAUCCACUCCCAUCUUCUCCUCCACAAAAAUCUCGAUUAUGAAACAAAGCCGUAUUUUCGGUUGAAAAUAAAAGCUCGUGACAGAGGCAGCGAAUCGUUAUCUUCCUUUUGUCACGUUAAUAUCGAAGUGAUACCCCGAAAUGAAUUCCCACCAGUGUUUUUAGAAAGGAACUCGAGUUUGGUUUUGAGGGAAACCGUUCCGGUUGGAACGAUUGUCUGUAAGGUCAAUGUAAGCGAUAAAGACGGGAGUUUAAACGGGCUUUUGAAUUUUUCCAUCAUUUCUGCUACACCGUUAAAUGCACCUAUAUCUGCGUUCGAACUAUACCAAAAGUCUGGUGAAAUUAGUCUUGUGUCUAAACUGGACUUUGAAACAAUGCCUGACAUAUUCAACCUUGUCGUGAGAGCCACUGAUCAAGCAGCGUCUGAUGAUAUCCCGUUUUCCAGCACCUUAAUACUUUCAGUAACAAUUUUGAAUGAAAAUGAUAACCCACCGAUAUUUACUCAAACUUCUUUCAGUUUUGAAGUCAGAGAGAACAGUCCACUUGGUAUAUACAUUGACCAAAUUACAGCUCUAGACAUGGACUCUGGAUCGUUUGGAAAAAUCAACUACACUAUUGUAGACAAUACACAUGACUUCGGAAUAGAUCCUUUGGACGGAAAGCUUUACCUGAAUUCAACCUUAGAUUACGAACAGAAACAAUUGUAUUUUUUAACAGUGGAGGUUCGAGACGAAGGAAUCCCGCCGCUGAGUGCUACAUGCUUAGUCAAAAUAGCAGUGAUAGAUGUCAAUGAUAAUGCCCCUGUGUUUCCUCUAAGUGAACAGUCUGUGACAGUCAUUGAAGAUGUUGCACAAAACACAGUCAUAUUCAAAUUACAUUCAAGCGAUGCCGAUUCUUAUAAAUCUGGUAACAACCAAGUACAAUACAAGCUAUUCGAAAGCUUUCCUUCGAGAAAUUACUUCUCUAUAGAUGCGUUCAGCGGAGAGAUAUACAUAAAGCAACAACUGGACCGAGAAACCAUACCACGACACAAACUGAUAAUUUUGGCCGUCGACCAAGGUUCACCACAGUUAAGCGGGACAACCACUUUAACUGUAAUUGUAGAAGAUGUCAAUGAUAAUUCUCCUGUCAUUAGAGGUGAUUAUAAACGAAGAAUACCUGAAGAUACGUUACCAGGUUCGUUGGCGUUCAAGAUUUCGGCUUUUGAUGCAGACAUCGGGAUCAACGCAGCAUUGUCUUUUGAAAUAGUUGAUGGUAACACAAAUUCUGAUUUCGAAAUUGACAGAUCUUCCGGCUAUUUGUUUGUAAAUAAUUCUUUAGACAGGGAACAGCGUAGCACGUACAGGCUACGAAUAAGUGUUACAGACCAAGGCCUUGAAGUACAAAGACAGGGUUUCAAAACGGUCGUAAUUAUCGUAACUGACGUCAACGACAACACUCCGGUCUUUCUAAACAACAGUUACACGUUUACUAUAUCCGAGAAUCUACCGAAAAUGACUCCAGUCGGUAAACUAGAUGCGGCAGAUGCUGACGAGGGCUCAAACGCAGCCUUGCACUUCAGAAUUUUCUACAUGCUCCAGGGCCCUGCUGACUUCGUAAUGGAUUCUGGACGUGGAAUUAUAUCCACGAAGAAGGAACUUGACCGGGAAUUAGUGCCGAUUUAUAGAUUAUGGUGUGAAGUUUCUGACAGUGGUACUCCUUCAUUAUCAGCCUUUACUGAAGUAAGAAUCGUGGUUUUGGAUGAGAACGAUAACGAACCGAUCUUCGACAAGACCUCAUAUUCAGUGAGGAUACUCGAGAAUACACCAGUUGGGAGUACAGCAAUGGAGUUAAACAUCAUUGAUUUAGAUAUCAACAGAGCCGGCAAAAUUACACUUCAUUUCUCAUUAAAUAGCAAUGACCUCGAUGUUGCUAAAUACUAUUUUGAGAUCGUGUAUCAACCCCCGAGACUCGUUUUACGGAGAUCCAUUGAUCGCGAAAAGUUAAAUAAUUUCGAUUUUAUACUAACUGCCCAAGAUGGCGGCAUGCCUUCACUAUCAAGCGAGGCUUCCGUCAGCGUACAUAUUGAUGACGUAAAUGACAAUCGACCGCAUUUUUCGCCGGUGUUUUUCAACCAAGAAGCAUCGCGUGACACUUCGUGUGAAAAGCCUUUGACUCGAGUAUCCGCAGUUGACCAGGACUUAGGAGACAACGGUCGAAUCUCUUAUUAUUUUGUUCAAAAUAAAUACAACUACCUAUUCAAGAUCAACGACGUUUCAGGGGAAAUAAAGAUGCAGAUGAAGAGCUGGAAGAACAAAUAUAUUAUGAUUAUCAAGGCUAAAGAUUGGGGCACUCCGCAGCUAGUGUCUGACAACAGUGCCACAUUACGACUCGAUACUUUCAAUCCGUCAGAGGCUUUAGUGUCAAUAUAUCUUGGCAUCAGUCUCGAUGAUUUCAACCUAAAGAAGAAGCUGUUCUCGAAUCUGCUAACAAGCCUGAUUCAAGUUGUAUACCCAACGGGGAAGUUUAAGAUUUGGUGUGUCCAGGAAAUUGAGUCAGUUACCGGACAAGCUAUCACGGCAAAAAGAAGACUUACAGCAGAUGAAAGGUCAGUGGUUGCGUAUAUUUAUUGUCUAAAGUCAAAUAAUACGGACACCAUUGAGAAUUUGCCGAAAGAAAAGGACUUUUGCAGUACAGAUGAAGCUUUGUCUUUCUUGACUAUUAACAAUGAGGGCGAAAUUUCGGUGGCGUUGGAAGGUCCGGUCUGGGAUGAUUUCAAUAUAUUGGAUGUACAACCAUAUAACACGGACGUAAAACUGUGGUCUGAAACUUCAACAGGAAAAAUUACAAUUGCGUUUAUUAUAGUUCUCCUUCUGGUUUUAAUGAUCGUCUUAUUCUUCUUAUUUCGUCAAUACAAACGAAUGAAGAAGAAAACAACUGUUAUUCCAGUGACGACAGCUAUUGACGCAAACAAGAAAAGAACAGACAAAUCACACUUGUUAAACGUUUCUGCAGGAAAAAAUAAAAACAUACUCAAAGAGGGCAAUAACUCAAAAAACACAAAUAUUAAAAGAAUUCAUUUUGAUGAUGAUUUCAGCUUGAGAAGUUUCUUUUCCGGUAGGACAAUUGAUCCAGUAACUGGCAAGUUAUACGAAUAUAAUAAAAAGACCCAGGAAAGACGUUGGGUUACAAAGUGACCAAGUGAAGAAGAGAAUAUUUUUUAAAAAGACGAAAAAGGAAGCAGUAAGGAGAAGAGGAAGAAAACAUGGCGUAAAGUUGACACUGACAUUAUAAAGAGAUGCAAGCACAUACACAACACUGCUACGCACGAGCACACACAUGCACACAUACGCGCAUAUAUGUGGAUUGUACCAAUCGAUUAGACUAAUAAUUAUACUAUUUAUAUACCAGCAGUCAAUCGAGGUGUAUAAAUAUAUCUAUAAAUACAGAUAUACAAGGGUUGAUCAAUAAGUAUUCGGACUGUUGUCAUAAUUCUUUUCUACUCUAGGCACAAGGCCUGA